AAGACCAUUUUCGCUUUUUGCCAUGGUUUAGUUCAAAGGGCCUUUUAACCAAUUAUAUGUGAAACACUGCCCCCUGUGGCUAAAAUUGGUCACUUACUGCUCUGAAGUUCACAAAACAACAGUAGUUCUAUUCUUUUUUGAAAAUGCUGAUCUGCUAACAGGAUAGUAAUGACCUUUUUUUGUUAAUUAAAAACAUUUCUGAUAUUUUCUGUUUUUUCCUUGAAUGACUAAAGCACUGUUGUAAUACAACAGUUGUCUGCUCUAAAUUUAUUUGGGAAAAUCAGCUCCCUCUUGCAACAAGAUAUGACAAACACAUCGUCACACCAGCAAAAUCAAUAUUAAAUGAUCUUUAUCCAUUGUGCUAUAAAUGGUCUGCUUCUAUCUGGUUGAUGAUACAGAGUACCUAAAUUUAGAUAGAGGAUGGCAAAGAUAAUUUUCUCUCCUAAGCCAACAUCAAUAAACCAGGCUUAAAAGGACUAUGAUACAGUAUAUGUUGUUCAUUGGUGUUAUAUGAUUAUAUCCCAUUCAUGGAUAUUUAUUCUCUCAAUUAUUCACCAUAUAUUGUCUUUAUUAUUUCAUUUAAACCAAUAUUUAUGUAAAUACGCAUAUAAAUCUGUAACAAACUCAAUGCUCAAGCUAAGCUAAGCUAAGCUAAGUGAAGGUGCUCUUUAUCCAGUCAUUCCCGACUGGAAUUAUGACAAACGGAUGACUUGUAACUGAAUUGUUUAAAAACAAGUCAUCAAAAUGAAGAUCAUUUCAUAUCCUGAUAAUUACUGUACCUACUGCCCAGCUGUGAAAUCAUUUGACCUCUUGAGUCAUAAAUGAAUACAUGUAUAAAAGUAUCAGAACCUUAGAAGAUGAUGACUAACAAGGCUUCAGCUCUGGGUCAGGCGGAGAGGUCGGCUGUACCGGGAUGACUUCCUGUUGUCGGUGACUCUGCGACGCUCGGUACUUCCUGUAGGUGGAACGGGGCUGCAUCAGUAUCCAGGUCAGUAGGCACCACACACUAGGUGGGAAUGCUUUUUUUUUUUUUCUUCUCACUCCCGCGGGAACAAACAUCGCGCCCUACAUUUGCGCCACGCGUUGCUGUUAUUGAUCGGCACUGUACGGUCACUCAGACAAUCCAUUUUCAGGUCAUUUUUUUUUUUUAGGCCGAAAAAGUGCACUUUUAUCAACGGCUAACUGGGCCAGCAUCAGCAGAUAAGCUUUUCCUGUUUACGCCUGUCUGCUCUUCUCCUGGCCUAUAUUUCCUAGGCAGUGAUUGCCCGUAUACGGGGAAACCAUUUAAGGUCAGCAAGAAUUGUAAAACAACCCACAUUCCUGGAAGAAAUUUCUCUCAAGGUGCUUCGUUCCAGAAUUUGAGCUUUUGUCGAGCAAGACCUUCCCUUUGUGCAAACGGGGUCAUCGAUCUGUGUUCGGACUGGUUCCACUCUCUUAUUGGGUCAAUGGCACUGUUAUGACACGGACAUCAACCUGAUCACCGCGCGGAAGCAUAAACCAGACCAGCCAAAGGAACAGCCGAUAAUUUUGGCGUCACGGCAUUGAUCAGUAUAUAAAGAGCGGACGCUUUGGGAGCUGUGGGCAGUUGGUGUGGAGAAGGCAAACUCUGCAGUGCUGACGAAGAAGAACACAUUGGAAAACCUGUCUGGUCCUGCUUCGGUCACUCAUUUGAAAAGCUCAGCGUGCACAAGAACCAGCGUUCGCUGCUUCUAUAUUUCUACAACGUGCGCCGCCUCACAAGUUAAAAAAAGGAACCUUCGUAAUCAUCAACACACUUCGACCCUGAAAAAGCGGUGCCAUGAAUUACCACUCUGCCAGAAUGGGCGUCGGCUGCCGCCCGGGCCACCACGACUGCAACGGGACAUUUAGGGAACCCUCGUUCGCCAGGAACUACCGGCUGCCGGACCGCCAUUACCACCACCCGACCAUUGCCGUCCCCCCCUACCCUCAGCUCCCCGACCCGCCCCACUUUCCCGCCGCGGACGUCCCGGACCACGCCCACUACAUCAUCGGCGCGGUCAUCCUGGCCGUGGGCGUGACGGGGGUGCUGGGCAACGCCCUGGUGAUCUACGCGUUCUGCCGGAGCCGGGCGCUGCGCACGCCGGGGAACAUGUUCGUGGUGAACCUGGCGGCGGCCGACUUCCUCAUGUCGCUGACGCAGUCGCCGGUCUUCUUCGCCGCCAGCCUGCGCCGCCGCUGGGCGUUCGGGGAGCGCGCCUGCGAGCUCUACGCCUUCUGCGGCGCCCUCUUCGGCAUCUGCUCCAUGGUGACCCUCGCCGCCAUCGCCGCCGACCGCUGCCUCGCCAUCACCCGACCCCUGGCCUUCCUGGGCGGGGUCACCCGCCGGCGGGUGGGGCUCGUGCUGGGGGGCCUGUGGGCGUACUCCCUGGGGUGGAGCCUGCCGCCCUUUUUCGGGUGGAGCGCCUACGUGCCCGAGGGGCUGCAGACGUCCUGCAGCUGGGACUACAUGAGCUUCACCCCCUCGGUGCGCGCCUACACCGUCCUCCUCUUCACCUUUGUCUUCUUCGUCCCGCUGGGGGCCAUCGCCGCCUGCUACCUGGCCAUGUUCCGGGCCGUCCGGACGGCCCAGAGGGAGGUGCGGGAGCUGGGCUCCGGGGAGAUGCAGAAGGCCUACGAGCGCGUCCAGGGCGAGUGGAAGAUGGCCAAGGUGGCCCUGCUGGUCAUCCUGCUCUUCGUGGUCUCCUGGUCGCCCUACUCGGUGGUGGCCCUCACCGCCACGGCGGGCUACUCCCACCUGCUGACGCCCUACAUGAACUCCGUCCCGGCCGUGAUCGCCAAGGCCUCGGCCAUCCACAACCCCAUCAUCUACGCCAUCACCCACCCCAAGUACCGGGCGGCCAUCGCCCGCUACGUGCCCCUCCUCCGGCCCGUGCUGCGGGUGCGGGACAAGGACCUGCGCUCCUCCUUCACCUCCUUCAGCGGCGCCGCCUCCUCCUCCUCCUCCCGCCGCGCCACCAUCACCAGCCAGAGCUCCCUGGGGGUCGGGGCCCGCGCCACGGGCCGCUGGGGCAAGUCGCGCCUCUCGUCCGCCUCGGACACCGAGUCCUGCUGGGUGGAGAGCGAGGUCGACGGCUCCCUCCCCGUCACGCGACGCGCCUCCGUGGAGGUCCUCCGGGAGGGGGAGCAGCCGAGGGGGACGCCCAACCCCGCCUUCAACGCGGCCGCCGCCGCGGUGGGGGACGAAGACGUCCCAGACGGGGGCGCGCAGUGCGACGGGAAAGCUUUCCUGCUCGCCGGGAACUGAGAGAACGGGUGCAAGUACGUUUAGGUGGCGUAGUAAAAGAAGAGCCUUGUCUUGAUGGUGAGUCGCAGUCUAACCCGCUAAGGUGUGACAUCACAAAUAUGUGACUAGAACUUUCCUAACUGAACAUUCUAUCACUGAUAUAACAAACACUGCUGGUAACUGAAAGCAAUGGGGUUCUAGAACACUGACUUCGAUUUUUUUGAAAAGUAAUUCCAAAAAAGGGAAUUAAAUAACUCACUCAGUGAUGCAUACAUGUCUGUUUCACCUUUCCCAGCGAUUUAGGUCAUUGCAGGCCUACUGUAAUGUAUAAGAUCUGGACACAAAGUAUGUUGUUAUGUGCGUAAAUUUAUGUUUGAUGUUUGACAUUGUAUUUAACUGCAUCUUCUAGGAAAUUUAGCUGAAGUACUUUGGACAGGUUUCUCUAUGCACCACGAUGAACUGCCAAAAUUAACCUAAUAAAUGAACUGUAAAGUAAGAUAAAGUCAAUGAUUCUGUACAGUUGCUCCUCAUAAUGAGUUAUGAUGGCAAUUCUCUAAAAUGUAUUUAUUGAAAUGGUCCAUACAUUUUGCCAUCAUCGUGUCUCCCAAUGUCUUUUUUCAUUUUUCAGGCCCAGCAUAUUUCAUUUUAUAUUGCAACAAUAAAUUCUAUUAGAUUUUUCGAUGUGCCUAGCUGAAUAAAUGAGAUCAUCUGCCACGUCUGUGUGAUGAAAGCUUCAUGUCAAUGUAAUUUGUCUUUCAAUAAAGAGUUUAAAUGACACUGA